AUGGCAGCAAAUGAUGCCAGUAGCAUCCACGCCAUCACGGACCCUGCCGGUGACGAUAUCAAGAAAAGCCCGGACGCUAUUCUAGGGUCAGGAUCAUCGUCGUCUUCAUUGGAGUUCAAAGCACGAGUGCAGAUUAAGGAAUACAAUGGAUGCACUUUUGAUGCAUCCGAAGAUCCCCGGUUUUACAAACCAAUCCCCGAAUAUGAGGGUGUCCAUCGUUGGGACCCCGACUUCGACUGGUCGCCGGAGGAAGAGAAGCGACUGGUGAGAAAGGUUGAUUUACGAAUCUGUACCUUUGCGUGUAUCACCUUUUUUGCGCUCCAGCUCGAUAGAGGCAAUAUCGUUCAGGCUUUAUCUGACAAUAUGUUGGAGGAUCUCGGGAUGAACACGAAUGACUACAACACUGGACAGACAAUUUUCUUUUUGCUCUUCUUGUUUGCGGAGCUUCCAUCUCAGCUUCUCUCGAAAAAGCUCGGGCCAGACCGAUGGAUCCCCAUCCAGAUGGUUUCUUGGAGUGUGAUUGCAGCCUGUCAGUCAUUUAUGAAGAAUAAAACAGGAUACUAUGUCUGCAGGGCCUUGUUAGGAAUGUUUGAAGGUGGUUUCAUUCCAGACACGAUUUUGUUCCUCUCGUUUUGGUAUAAGUCUAAGGAGUUGCCCAUUCGCCUGAGCUUUUUCUGGGUAUCCUAUCAGGGAACUGCUAUCGUUGGCGCUUUCUUAGCCUUCGGGUUCCUUCAUAUCACAAGAUCUGAUGGAACCGGUGGAUGGCGGUAUCUUUUCGCUUUCGAGGGCUUGAUCACGGGGGUUAUUGGCAUCCUGGCUGCUGCUUGGAUGCCUGCAUCACCAACACAGACCAAAGGCUGGUUGAGAGGCAAGGACGGUUGGUUCAGCGAGCGUGAAGAGAAGAUUCUCGUUAAUCGUGUCAUUCGUGACGACCCCAGCAAAGGAACAAUGCAUAAUCGACAAGCAGUGACGCCAGGGAUGCUCUGGGAUGCUCUCUGGGAUUAUGAUAUGUGGCCCAUCUAUUUGCUGGGCUUGAGCUGGAUGAUUCCAACGACCCCAGCAACCAGCUACAUUACUCUUCAACUCAAGUCCCUGGGCUUCAACACCUUCCAAACGAAUCUCAUGACCAUCCCGGCAUAUGCACUAUUUAUUGGCAAUCUUCUUUUUUGGACCUGGAUCUCUGAGCGCUUCAACCAGCGAUUUGUGAUUGGUAUUGUCACAGAAAUCUGGUGCUUGGCUCCGCUUAUCGCGCUCGUGAUCCUCCCAAAUGGAACCAGCCCAUGGGUGCUUUGGGUCCUCAAUAUUUUGCUUAUUGGAACUCCUUAUGUGCACGCCGUUAUUGUGGCCAUGACCUCAAGAAACGCCGGGUCGGUCCAUACAAGGACCGUAGCCAGCGCCAUAUACAAUAUGACAGUCCAGGCGUCAAACAUCAUUGCGAACAAUAUAUAUCGACAAAACGAUAAACCAUACUACCGUGUUGGUAACAGAGUCCUCAUCGCGUUAUCUGUGUGGAGUCUGGCGCUAUUCGUUGGAGCCAAGUUCUACUAUAUUUGGCGAAACAAGCAAAAUGCCGCAAAAUGGGAUGCUAUGUCGAGCUCUGAGAGAGAAGCAUACUUGGCCGAGAACAGAGACAAAGGGAACAAACGGUAUGUGCCUUGCUUGCCCAGUGAAAUAUCGGUCACCGUCUAAUAUAUAUAUAUAACAGCCUCGACUUUAGAUUUAGCCAUUAAUGAAAUACCACGGGAAGCGAUCAAACUGGUGGAAGAGUAGACUUACCCAGAUAGAUGCUCUCGAUAAUUGUGUACAACACGAAGAAACGAAUAAAACAUGAAAAAUCAGCAUUUAUUCGACAGACUUUCCUC